CAUCAUCUGUUCUGCCCUCAGGUCAUUUCAACACCCUUUGUACCGGUUGAUUAAUUUUUAUCGAUACAAAUAUGUGUACACACACUUAUCUAAAAAUAACCAGGUACUAAUAUCACCCUUAAUUACUAGUUUAAAACAAUAUCGAAUAAAAGGAAAAAGAUUUUAUCAUCAUGGGCAUUGAACUAUACUUUUUUGUUACAACAGCAGUCUAAUUAACAAAUAAAUGUGAAGGUGUUAAUGAAAACCUGAAAAGUAAUUAAAAUAUGCAUAUUUGUAAAAGGAAUAUUAGAUACAAAGCGGUUUAAUACGUGUGUGUUAAUCUGGGAUCUCCGCGGAAAGCCCCGGAAAACUUUAAAGCACAAAAGCUUCAUAUUCCGAGUCAGUCUUUCUCCAACCUCUGUCGAGUCUAAACCCUCUACUAAUACCGUGAAACUUUAUAAAACUUCAAAUUUUAUAACAAGUGGCAUUUUUCUAAAUUAAUUAAACUCGUAAAAGUUAAAUUAAAUAAAAACUUCUUUAUUAAAAUAAUGUAAAAAUCAAAAUGAAAGACAAACUGUUCGUGUGGACGAUAUUGUUUUUAUUAUUUUGGCACGAAGGAUUUUCGAUUCGUUGGUUGUCUCUUCAGCAUUCCACUCUUCACUGGAAUUUAAGUUCAGUUAACAAUAAUCCGGGACGAGGGAUCCGCUCCGGUGCUCGUUCUCCUUGUGGUGUAGCCCGUAGAAGAUACGGUUUAGCUAAAUUACAAGCAAAAUUAUGCCGUAGCACUAUGGAAGCCAUGCCACAUGUGCAAAAAGCUGCAGUUUUGGCGACUGAAACGUGCCAGAAUGUUUUCAAAGACCGGAGAUGGAACUGCUCCUCUAUAACAACUGCUCCGUAUCUAACACCCGAUUUAACCAGAGCCACAAGAGAACAAGCUUACGUGUAUGCCAUAAGCUCAGCAGCAUUAACAUACACGAUGGCACGUGCCUGUGCCAGCGGCACCCUUUACCACUGCACGUGUGCCGGUAAACCUGAUGAACCCCCAAACAGUAAUUUCCAAUGGGGCGGCUGCGGCGACAACAUACACUGGGGGGUGUAUUUUGCGAAAAGAUUUAUCGAUAAUGUGGAGAAAAACAACGUCGAUAAGAGCAGGAAACGAAGAAAGGGGUACGAGUAUGAGGAAGAAAGGAAGAGUAAGCUGGUGAGGGAAGAAGUCGCAGCAGUCAACUUGCAUAAUAAUCGCGUCGGAAGACGAAUUAUAAGAGAAAGUAUACAAACGCAAUGUAAAUGUCAUGGUGUUUCCGGUUCUUGUAAUAUUAAAACGUGUUGGAAGGGUUUAUCACCGAUGCUUGAUAUAGGACGAAAGUUGUUGAAACAAUAUACAAAUGCUAAAGAAGUGUCUCGAUUUUAUGUUGAAGGCAAUUUGGGAAAAACACGAAUUUCUGAUCACCUAUUAUAUCUUACGAAAUCGCCGGAUUAUUGCACUAGAGAUGUUAAGCUGGGAAGUUUUGGCACCGUAGGAAGAAAAUGCAAUGUUACCACAAAUGAAACAAACAGUUGUCGUCAAUUAUGUUGUGGAAGAGGUUACAGAACCCUAGUGGAAGAAAAACUGGAAAGAUGUCACUGCAAAUACUACAACUGUUGUUACGUCAAAUGUAAAAUUUGUAGAACCAAAACACAAAUUUACGAAUGUGGUUGAACACCAAAUACUUCGAGUACGAAACAAUAAAAAAAACUUCAGCCGUACUUUACAAAUAAUGAAAUCAAUAAUGUAUAACCGUGCAAUAAUUACAUCAUUAGGUGACAUACCCUUAGCGUUCUACGUGUAAACCAUUAUAAUUAGACCUUAAUUACGUAGAAACUGUGAGUACUGUAAAACAAUCAACGAAUUUACUUUUUAAUAUUUAUUUUAAAAAAUUUAUGUACAUACUUAACAUACCUAAUAAAAUUAAUUUACAAAGUAA